AUGAAGAUAGUAAUUGUUGGAGGCGGUAUUGCCGGAUGUGCCGCAUACCUUGAGCUAAAGAAACACCUCCCUCCGCCAGCCCCGGGGGAAAUGCACUCCAUCACCAUCUACGAGGCAUACGGCACCAAGAAGGAUACCAAACAGCACAAUCCUGACGGCAGCCCGACCCCUUCGCACGCGUUGGUCAUAGGCGGCGGCCUUGCGGUUGGCCCUAAUGGACUCAACGUCGUCAAGCGCCUGGACGAAGACCUGCUUCGUGAUAUUGUCCGUGGGGGCUAUACCCUUGCCACCUCGAACAUCAAGAACAAAAAUGGACGGUUGCUGAUGCGCAUGAGUAACGCAGAGGACUGUUCCACGCCAGAGGGUGGUUCCAUGCAUAUGGUUGGGAGUAGUCGCCACUUGCUUUGGCACUGUUUCCGUCAGCGCAUCCCUGACCGCGACAUCAUCACGAAACGCGUUGUCAAAGUAGCCGCAAGCCGCGAUGGUCGAAACAAGAUCUAUCUCCAUGGCGAGGACGAUCCGAUCGACGCAGACCUCGUCAUCGGAGCAGACGGAGUGAAGGGGAUAGUCAAACGGGCAUUGUUCCCAGACGCCCAGGAAGAUCUGUAUCCGCCUCAUUACGAGUAUGUUCUCCCUUCUACCUGGAGAUCAAACUUUGUCGAGCCGGGAUCGGGAAACUUCAUUCUCGGCGGCAACGGGUUCUUCGGUUACUUCUUUGCCAACAGCGCUCAAUCAGCCCCGAACCGCGACUCGCCCUACCAUGUCUCUGAACCAGGCGAUACCCUGGCCUGGUGGUCGACCUAUUCUGUGGAUGAAUGUCCCAACCCAAAGACCCUGGACAAAGCGGAUGUCGCGCGACAGUUGCGCGAGCGUCAUUCACACUGGCAAGACCCAGUGAUUCAACGUGUCUUGAACUCGCUAGAAGUUGAGAACCUCUAUCCAACAUGGACCUCACCACAACUUCCCACCUGGGAGCGUGAGGGGGUCGUGCUCGUGGGAGAUGCCGCGCAUGCGCUCCCCCCAUCGUCUGGCCAGGGAACAUCACAGGCGCUCGAGGAUGUAGAGUCCUUGACGCUGUUACUCUGUCACUACCUUCGCGAGCAGAAGCCCGCGAAUGACCCGUUGACGCUGAAACAUGUGAUUUCGACUGCAGCCAAACAGUACAUGCAUCUUCGUCGCCCGCGGAUUGAAGCAAUCCUGGACGAAGCACGGCGAAGACAGGACCAGAAACGGAACAUGGGCUGGCUGGAAGAGAUGUUCAUGUACUGUUUUAUGUGGAUCCUUGGGUGCUUCCCAAGCGUUGUCUCAAAGCCUGCGAAACAGGUUUUUAAUUAUAAUAUCGCAGACGAAGUUGCCAAACUACUUGCGUCUGAUAAGUGA